AUGGUAAGAAGUCAAUCACUAUACUUAAAUAUAAAUCAGUACGGUGGCGAAAAAGAACUAAAACCAGAGGUUGAAUUAGAAAUUGACCAGGGAGCUAUGUAUGUUGGCCAUUCGGGACGUUUAUUCGUCUUCCACAUCCGUGAUUUCUGUUUACCAAUGUCUGUUGAACAGUUCUGUAAGUCACGCAUAGCACCACGAUCAAGUGGCGGUAGUCUAUUCGAUAGGCCUCGUUUGUCAAUUGCCGGUUCAUAUGGUGGCGGUGCAACGUCCGCUAACGAUGUCGAUGAAGGCUGCUUGAAACAUUUUGCAUAUAAAAUAAUAUACACAAUCGCCAAUAGACAUGCUAGCCCAGCAGCUGCAAUCUGGACUAUGAAAUAUAGCUUUUUCACAUCGUUCGUCGAGUAA